CGCGAUGAGGAAGCGAGGCGAGCAGCACGGAGGCUAGAAUUCGCUUCGGAAAUGAUCGCGACUGUAUUUUCUUCUGACGCGUUUGGCUGCUGGGGGUCGAGACAGACACACACCACUUCCGCAGCAGUCAGCAAAAUCGCGCGUAUCAUAUAACUGACGCAAAAGUGACUCCCGAGCCGUGACCCCUUCCAUUUUUAUUAAUGAGUGUUUUUGCAAUGAUGGCUUGAGCUCUCCAUCAUCAGGAAGCCGGAUGCGCUCUUGAGAAUACAUCGUCUCUCCAGAACGCGCAGUUUCUCCAUCCAGAUCAGCGCGGACUAAUGCACGCUUGUUUCUCAGUCCGGUUAGUGUUGUGAUCCAGAUCUGAAUGUUCACCGUCUCCGGAGUCAUGGCAGAGAAAGAGGAGCAGCUUUACGCCAAAGUGACUCCACGCAGGCAGCGGCAGAACCGCGCAGGAACCCUGAAACACGGCUCGAGCCUGGACGUGCUGCUCAGCAUGGGCUUCCCCAAGACCCGGGCGCUGAAAGCACUGGUUUCGACCGGUGGCAGAAAUGUACAGGCAGCCUGUGACUGGUUAUUCUCUCAUGUGGAUGACCCGUUUCUUGAUGACCCCUUGCCAAGGGAGUUUGUGUUGUACCUACGCCCGAGCGGGCCAUUGCUCCAUCAGCUUUCUCAGUUCUGGCAGCAGAGUCGCGUCAUGUGUGGCAAGAACAAAGCUCAUAACAUCUUCCCACACAUCACGCUCUGCCAGUUCUUCAUGUGUACGGACGCUAAGGCCGAGGCACUGUGUGAGGCUUUGCAGACUGUCGUGGGACAGUGGCGAGGCCGUUUCCCCUCCCCCCUUCCGCUGGAGCUCUACAUCUCCUCCAACUUCAUUGGCCUCUUUGUCGACGAGAAGGUAGCUGAGGUGCUCAAGAGCUUUGCAGCUGACUUUGCCACCGAGGCUACUGCUAAAGCAGAUGUUCACGUUGAGCCACAUAAAAAGCAGCUUCAUGUAACUCUGGCCUAUCAUUUCCCAACCAAUCACCUUGCCUCAUUGGAAAAGCUGGCUAGGGGGGUGGACGUGUCUCUGGGCUGCGAUUGGCUCGCCGUUUUGUUCUCACGGGACAUCCGAUUUGCCAAUCACGAGACAUUGCGGGUGAUGUACCCGUACACUCCCCAGAACGAGGAUGAACUAGAACUGGUGCCUGGAGACUUCAUCUUCAUGUCUCCGGUGGAGCAGGGUAGUGCCAGUGAGGGAUGGGUUUACGGUACAUCUUUGGGCACUGGGCUUUCCGGCCUGCUGCCUGAGAACUACGUCAACCGAGCAGAUGAGUGUGACACAUGGGUGCUUCAUGGGUCCCAUUCUUUCCUCAACUGCACCUCCCCAACUGUAAGCAUUGGUGCAGUAGGCGGGCUUUUUUUUGAUGGACAGCUGGAUAGACGUCUCCUUGAUGACCAGAGCUCAGUGGAACAACACCCUUUGAGUGUCAUAGGUCAUCCGAUGCAGAUGUUGCAGACCAAUAGCCAGUCUCGAUUGCCCAAGAGAACACUGUUUGUGUGUCGUCAUGGUGAGAGGAUGGAUGUGGUGUUUGGAAAACAUUGGAUCACCCAGUGCUUUGAUGCCAAAGGUCGUUAUGUCCGAUCCAACCUCAAUAUGCCGGGUAGUCUUCCAGCACGGAGUGGAGGGUACAGGGAGUAUGAUAAGGACUGUCCUAUCACUGUGUUUGGAGCCACGCAGGCUCGAUUAGUGGGAGAGGCCCUGUUUGAGAGUCACACAGUUAUUGACUUUGUGUACUGCUCGCCCUCCUUGCGAUGUGUUCAGACAGCCCAUAAUAUCCUCCGAGGGCUUCAGCAGGAUGGGAAGACUAAAAUACGGGUCGAACCUGGACUGUUUGAGUGGACCAAAUGGGUAUCGGGUUCAUCCUUACCUGCCUGGAUUCCACCUACUGAACUGGCAGCUGCUAACUUAGUUGUGGACACAACCUACAGACCUCAUAUUCCCAUCAGCAAGCUGACUGUGUCAGAGUCGUACGACACUUACAUCACCCGCAGUUUCCAAGUGACGCGGGAAAUCCUAGCCGAGUGUAAAGCCCUGGGAAACACAGUGCUGAUAGUGGCCCACGCUUCGUCCUUAGAGGCCUGUACACGCCAGAUGCAGGGCCUCAGCCCACAGAACGCCAAAGACUUUGUGCAAGUGGUCCGAAAGAUCCCUUACUUGGGUUUCUGUGCCUGUGAAGAGAUGGGCGAGACUGGGGUAUGGCAACUUGUGGACCCACCCAUCCUCCCACUGACUCAUGGGCCCAAUCACAGCUUCAACUGGAGGGAAACUCUGCUGCAGGACUGAUAGGCUCCACCUUCUUUCGGUUAGCCCGCCUUUUAGCCCUUCUCUCCAAAGGCAGCUGAGAAUCACGCUGUCAUUCACGCUCUUCUUCCACUCAGUGGCGCUGGUGCACCAUUAGAUCUUACACAGAGCAAACACAAGCUUGCAUACAGCAGCCUCUCUGCUGUACUAUACCAUUCUGAUUCUGUACAUCUUUGUGUGUUGCAGCAAUGAUGUCUGUGUCCAUAAAUACACUCGUACAUUUAUGUCAUGCCCUUCUUACAGGGCAUGUUUACUGCUUGACUGUCAUGGAUUAGUGUGAAAGUUCAAGGCUGCUGUGUUCAUAAAGUAGCUGAUGACUUCCACGUGUUUCCCAUCUCAGCAAGAGCACGCUAGCUGCAUUGAAAGUACAUCAACCGACGCUUCCAAGAUGGCCACCCUCCUGAACAGCCUUGCACGCCCUCGUAAAACUGAUGCAGCAAAGGGAACAUGGCCGCCGCCAAACACACUGUGAGAAAAGCAAACAUGUUCAGCAUUUUGCACCAAGCUUCCAGGCUACUUUUCAAAUAUCUUGUCAACGGAAAUCAAGCACAAGAGACGAAACUCAAGCAUGACAAUCAGAGAUGAAAGAAGCUGACAUGUCUUCUCAGACACCGAGUUUGCCUCAGGAUGAAGUUGGUAUAGGGCUUAUUUUAGCAGUUCAUCACUUUUGCAUGAACAAUAUGAAUAAACCAAGGGUUCUCAAACUUUUUGCAGCCAGGGUCCCCUUUAACUAUAAAAUACAUGUCAUGCCUCCUCUGAGUUUAAUUCAACUAUUCAAAUAAGGUUAAUUAUUUAAAGAUAUACCUAAUAUUUUUUGCCUAUUUAUUACAGCCUUGGUGCUUUCUAUUCCUGAAACUUGCCUUUGAGUUAUUGACAUUUGGUCUAAACCCAUUUGAUACAAAUGACCAGUCAAAGAGGUUAAUAGCUAUAAGAACUCAAUUAUAAAUAUAAUGACUUUGAUAAUAAUGGGUUGUGAUUUCCAUCACUGCAACAAAGUUAAAAAUAAUAAUAAAAUCAUGGACCCCAGACACCAUUUGAGAACCAGUGGUUCAAACAGUCUCGUGAAAAAGUCUGAGUCGACCAUCAAGCACUGUUUUGAAUUCGUCAACAAUUAUAUUGAAACUGUUUGGGAAUUCAUCAUAAGAAAACCCUGUUCACACAUUUACUUCAGUAUAUAAAGUGAUGGACACUACACGGCCAGGAGUAUGUGGACCAUCACAUCCAUAUGUGGUUCUUCCCCAAACUGUAGCCACAAAGUUGAAUUUCCCUUCACUGGAACUAAGGGACCUGUUCCUGCAUGACAGUGUUCCUGUGCACAAAGCGAGCUCCAUGAAGACAAGGUUGGAGUGGAAGAACUCGAGUAGCCUGCACAAAGUCCUGACCUCAACCUCACUGAACACCUUUGGAACGAGUUGGAAUACUGACUGCACCCUGGGCCUCCUCACCCAAAAUCAGUGUCUGAUCUUACCAUUGCCCUUGUGGCUGAACGAACAUAAAUCCCCACAGCCAUGCUCCAAAAUCUAUUGGCAAACCUUUCCAGAAGAGUGGAUGUUAUUAUAACCACAGGCUAAAUCUGCUAAAAGGGUGCAACAAGCACAAAUGGGUGUGAUGGUCACGUGUCCACAUACUUUUGGCCAUGUAGUGUAUAUGAAGCAUUCAAACAGUCACUAUGUACACCCAGAACACACAGGGUUAAUUGUCUCUUAAUACCUUAACCUCAGUUUCCUCGAUUACUGUUCUCUAUACGUUAUACUUUAUUACACUUACAGCAUUCGGUUAAUAAGAACCUUUUGAUAAGUUAUAUAACACAUAAUAACGUAAUCCUGUCGGCUAAAUAUAAUUUGAAGUUCUGUUAAAAUGUUGAAAGCAAUUCUUGGUAACAGAAUCAGACUUUUUUUUUUUAACCUCACUAUAUCAUGGAAUGGAAAUUCUUGAUAAGUCCUUUACAAACAACAGGUCAUUCAGGAAGCCUUACUUUUUCGGAGAGGAACUUGGAAAGUAGUCCACACAAGUACACGUCUGUACAUAGUAGCACACGUCAAACUAUUUCAUGCUUUUCAUUCUCAGAUGACAAGCAUUUAAUUGCAUUUAUUUAUCUAUUCAUAGCAUAACUGCUAAGAAUUUUUCUGGUGCUUCAUAUAUAGUAUUCUUUUUGCUUUUCACUCAAGCAGAGGAAUGAAAGUGUAGCAAAUUUAAAACAUGCAGUCCCACUGCCCCAACCCAACCCAACCUCAUCACCAAAUCCCACUGUCCCUUAUUUGUGCUAUAAACAUAAGCCUUUGCAAGUCUUUUUCCUGAUCCGUUUGUGUAGUUUUGGGUCUUAUGCUAGUUUAAUUGUGAACAUCAGGUUGACCAACAUGCCAAGUCUACACGUUCUAUAUCACAUUUUAUGAUUUUUAACACAAAUUUUGUGAAUCUGUUUGAUGCUGUACCAAGUAUGGACUCAGUUUACUGGAUGGUUUUGCAUAAUUUGUCAAACUAAUUUUUAUAAUCAGAGGCAUGCAUUUUUAUCUUUGUUAUUAACCAUCCCUCAGUUGUGACGUGAGCCUCAAACUAAUUUUUUGUCUUCUAAAUGAUGUAAUGUCUUUUAAAUGAUGUUCACUUCUUCUUCCCAAUUAUACAGCUAAGAACUGAUUAUGUUCACACUUUAUUUAAAGUUCUUAAAACUUCCUGCUUCUAGUCGCAGUGACUUGAAAUGUUACUCUUUCUGAAGAAUUUGCUUCCUGUGAAGCUGUAUAUGUGAGUUUAAUGAAGUAUGUUUGAAUGUGUGUGUGUGUGUGUGUGUGUGAGAGAGAGAGAGAGAGAGAGAGAGAGAGUGAGAGAGAGAGAGAGAGAGAAAACGAAAGAGAGAUUGCUCUACUUGAGAUGAAAAUGCCACUUGAUGAACAUACAAUGCCAAAUUACAUAGUGAUCGUUCUUCCAAAAUGGCUGCAUUCACACAUCAUUCUCAUAUUGCUGUCGGUUAAAAAGAGGGUUAGAGGAAAAGCUAAUGGCUCCUUAAUGCUAAUAAGUCAACCAUGCACUUGAUCGUGAGAGAGGAUGACUCAGAAAUGACUAAGAUUCUGAGUAGUAUCCCCGGGUUUUACUGCUGUUUUAAUACACUCUUGUCAACUUCCCUUCGCAGUCACCCACAUCACACGAGUGGAAGCUCAAACUCUCAGUGUUUCCAUGAACAUAUUAACAUAUUAGCAUACUGCAAUUGGUGGGCAGUAUAACGUACAAAUAGACAAAUUUGCUUUAUAAAUUCCCAUCUGAAAGCAACAAUUCAAUGUUAGUUUUAAAAAAUUAAAUAUUAUGUAGCCGGGGUAUUCGACUAAAGUUUGUAAGGGUCGAGUUACUUACAAUUCCUUGAUAACUAAAAUGCUUACGAAGAUAACCAACAUGACAAAACAGUAAUGACAUUUACAAUUUAAUGCUUAUGUAUUAAUGAUUAGAUUACCACUUCUGAAACAAGCCAUUUCUUCAGCUAUCUAAUCAAACCAAAGACAGUAAAUAAAAUGAAACCUGUAUGAAAAUCUGUGAAAACUCUCCCCUUUUCUUUCCUAAUGGCUAUAGCCCACUAGCAGGUCUCUGGUCCGAUGAGCUACCUUCAGCUAAAUAAUUUACAUAAAUGUAUGUGAUUGGCUACAACACAGGAUCCGCUACAGAAGCCAUGCUGUUUAGAAAAAUAAAGUCACUAAACUAUAGCCAAGUGUAUCGGUUCUGCUACAGUAUUUUUCAAGUAUUCAGUUCGGUCUACUAAUAUAUUUCACUGGAUAUGCGUCCAGAUCAUGGCCCACCAGUUGAUGAUCCCUGCUCUAAUUUUGCUCAUGUAAACAGCUUUACUCAGCUUUUUGUUAACUUGUUAAUGUGAAACUUGUGUUUUUCGAAGUGGCCACAUAAUAUUCUUAGCUUAAGUUAAUAAACAUUCGUAAAAGUGGCAAAGAGAAAGCAGAAAAAGUCGACAAGUGUGGGUUCAAAACAGCAGUGGAACAGGAACUUGGUCCUAAAUAAAGCUUCACCUGUUUGGUCACAAUUUACUAUUUAAAUGAAGGAAAUUUCAGUGUGACUAGGUUUAUAACAGUGCUGAAUAAAAACUAUAGAAUUAAGAAGACAAACUGAAACAAACUUUACUGAAUAUUUUGACUGGGAAGUGAAAAAAUGAGGCGGUUGAACAAAAACAUAAGACCACAGAUAGGAAGCCUUUGUACAGAUGAGUAGUAAGUUGGUAAACCAGUAAUGGCAGGAAUAACAGAUAGCUGAUGGUGUCAUCAAUAACCAUGUGAGAUCAGUUCGACUGUUGUGUGUAAAUCAUAUAUUCAUAUUCAGUGACAUGCUGUUUAAGCUGCUAUUGUUACUCACGGUCAUUAAAGAGCAGCUUCUGACCAUGAGUCCACACGCCAGCUGAAGCAUGCAUGAAGACACACAGUUCACUCCUUACAGGUAAUUUCUUUACUUGAAGUAAGUACACACGAGUACACUGCAAGUUGUGUUCUGUGUAGUUAAAUUAUUACUUUGAUUCUUAUGCAUUCCAGGGAUGUGUUCCAGAAGAUUGUUAUAUUUUGCUGCAAAGGAUUAUCUCUGUAAAAUUCUUUCAGAUUAUUUUGCAAGUUAUCUGCUUAAAAGAUAUUAACAGUGUUUGAAAAAUAAAUGUUUUAUCACCAUGA